AUGCCAGGCACGCCCGGGAGAAGUGAUUUGCCCCCGACAAAAACCAUCACCGUCUACCGGAACGGGGACGCCUUCUAUCCCGGAAGAAAAGUGGUGGUGAACCCGCGGCAGGUGUCGACCUUUGACAACUUCCUGACCUCCCUGACCAGAGGCAUCGAAGCUCCGUUUGGCGCCGUGAGGAGGCUGUACUCUCCCACGCACGGCCACAAAGUUCAGCAUCUGGACGAGCUGAAGCACGGGAACGUGUACGUUGCCGCGGGAAACGAGCAGUUCAAGAGCCUGGACUACAGUGAGAUCACAGUGAGAAGGCCACUGCAAAAGAGAAUUGAACUGAUCCGACCUGUUGUUCACAGCAAAUUAGUCGUUUCUGCUCGCUGGAGGAGAAUUUCAGAUGAGUCUUGUACAAUAAACGUUUUUACCAAUGGAGACGUCGCGGCGCCUCCGGCUCGCAUACGCAUCCCAAAGUACACGUUGAGGAGUUGGGAAAACGUCCUAGCCAUGGUGACAGAGAAAGUGCGCCUUCGUACAGGUGCUGUGUACAGGCUUUACACCUUGGAUGGGCGUCCACUCUGUGGUCCCACUGAACUGGAAAACAACUCGUACUACAUUGCAGUCGGUGCAGAAAAGUUUAAAUCCCUCCCAUACGACCAGUGUAUUCCUAGAGAUGCAAUCAGGGACAACGACACGAUACAUAGCCAAGAUGUUCUCCCUGCUAUUAGAAAGGCGAAACAUGCAAAGGAGGCUUUUGCUUACACAGGCUUUAGAGAGGACCUUGAGCACACAGCCAGGGGCCAGACCAAGAAGUACUCAUCCAAAGCAGAAAGAGCCCCACAAAAGAGGCAGGUGUCCAGAAACCCGGCCGUGUUUACAACAGGGGAGGGCAGCGUGUUCAAUGCACAAAACAAAAGAAGCGAGAUGGCGGGAGCGGCGGAGGUGCAGGAGGAUCACCAGCUGAAGGUGGACCUGCCAAUUGAUCAGGUUGAGGCCAAGAUUGUAGAAGAGGAGUAUGAGGAUAGGAGUUUUACUGCGAGUCCCCGCAAGGCCUCUGUACGUGAUUCAGAAGCCUUGCAUCCGCAGAGGUCACUCUCUGCAGAUUCCAGGAAGCAUGUAAGUGAGGCUGAAGAGAAGGAGGUGUCUUCCAGCUUCUACAGAAUGCGGUCACGGAUGUCCCGCUUUUUCAAGGAUGACACAGAUACGGAGCAUGACCGGGCCCUCACCGCCCCAGUGUGAUGUGAAACGAAACGCAAGUGAUCCCCGACAGCCUGAAACCCGCCCGCCACCUGCUUUGCAUUAAAAUGUCAAUGUUCUGACCUGUUUUUAUCUUUAAAUGGCAUUCUCAGCUCAGUUAAAGCAGGGGAAGAGCACUUCCUUCACACGCCUCGUCGGGGGUCUUCCACGUUCGGGACGCUGCCGCGCUCAGUUCGGUUCAGAAUCUCCUUCAAAAGUUAUUGGCACACGUGGACAAUGGCCCGGUAAUUUACGAGGACUGUUAGGUCCUCCGACAGACGUUGUAAAGCAUCUUGACUGAUUGUGUAGCUAUGAGAUGUGUGCAGCCGUGGUGCAUGGGCGCCUGUAUGCGCGCGGCGCGCUGAGAGUUGCAUGGCUCGCGCUGCCACAGAUAAAUUACUCCUCGCAGUCAAAUUAAGUUGUUGUAAAUCACGCCACGGACCUGGGACUAGUCUUGAGUGACGACCUUUACGCCUAUUUGACUUUAACUCUUACUUAUGUUAAUCACAUCUGUAUUAUAGCGACAGUAAAACUGUGUCAUAUCUUUAAAGGUCAUUGUUUUGCAGUGCAGCGUAUGACACAGACCGAAACCAGGCCCAUGUUUUGUUGAGAUGAGUUUCUGUUCUGAUGUUUGUAUAUAAAUGAUUAUCUUUUUACCCUGACUCUGUUCUGACGUUGCUUGUGUGUACAUAAAAUAUAAAGAGGCAUGAUAUGAAUUCAUCCUCUCAUAGACAUAUAAUAGUACCCAGCAUACACAUGUUUCUACUGUAACAUCCU